AUGGUCCAUGAGACCGCGACGGAAGCGGCGGUGUCGGUGUCGGUGGUGGUUUCGACGGAGACGGAGACGGUCCACGCGGUGGAAACGGUCCAUCAGGUCGAGACGGUACACGUGGUGGAAUCAGUCCCGGUCACUGAGCGAGUAACGGAGCAUGUCACGAUACACAUGACGGAGACGGUUCAGCAGCAUGUGACGGAGCUCAUGACGGUGGUUGAGACGUUGCCGCCCGUCCAUGUUACGAUGCUCGUUACGAAGAUGGUGACGGAAGUGUCGAUGCACGUGGUUCCCACAACCGUUGUCGAACUGCAGACCGAGAUCAUGGUGCACACCGCCGUUCUCACCAGCAUCGUCCCCACGACGAUCGUGCACACCAUGCCUCCGGUUGUCGAGACGGUGAUGGAGCAAGUCACGGCCACUGAGACACUGAUCCACACGCAAGUCCAGCAGGUCGUGUCGACGAAGAUACAACUGUCGCAUAUCGUGCAGACGAUGUUCCAGACGGAGACGCAGGUACAGGUACACGAAACCACUGCCACGGCGACGCAGGUUGUACACAGCGUCGCAACCGAGACAGUUCAGAACGUCCUGACCGCCACCGAAACUGCAACCGCUACGGCGACGCAAGUGGUCCACAGCAUCGCGACGGAACUCAAGACCGCUACCGAAACGGUCCAGAACGUCCUGACCGCAACGGAAACCACCGUCUCGGUGGCAACGGAAGUCGUUCACAGCAUCCAGACAGAAACUAUCCAUCAAGUUGUCGAAAGCGUCCGCACCGAGACGGCGACCGCAACUGCAACUCAAACUGCAGUCCAUGUUUCCGUCCAGACUGAAGUGAUAAACAAUAUUCUCACGCAGACGCAAACCGCUGUACACGUUUCCGUCCAGACUGAAGUGGUCAAUAACAUCCUCACGCAGACGGCCACUGCCACUCAAACCGUCCACAAUAUCCUCACGGAGACGAUUAAUAAUGUCCAAACGGAGGUGCUGCAUAGUGUUUCCACUGCCACUGCCACUGCAACUGCAACUGCUACAGAGACAGUGCAUAACAUCCUCACCGAGACUGUCAACAACGUGCAGACGGAGGUGCUUGAGAGUAUUCUUACACGGACUGCCACUGCAACAGAGACAGUCCACAAUAUCCUCACCGAGACCGUCAACAACGUUCAAACUGAGAUACUCGAGAGCAUCCUCACACAGACCGCCACAGCUACUGCCACCGAGACUGUCCACGCCAUCCAAACCGAAACGGCCACUGCCACUGCCACCGAGGUGAUCCAUAGCAUCUCAACCCUCAUCUCGACCCAGCUUCUCGCUGGUACCCCCGCCCCGCCCACAUCCGCCGUACAUGUAACCUCGACCGUGACCGUCUGUACAGUCUGCACCACCACCUCAAUGGCACACACCGUGACCGUCACGCCCCCCGCCGCCGACACCUCCAUGGUCCACACCAUCACUGCGGCGCCUUCAACAUCCGCACCCCCCGCCGCCGCAACAACAACCCACACCGUAACCGUUGGCGGCACCUCAGGGCUAAUCUACACACCCUCGUCCCUUACCGCCUCUGUGGGCGAUGUAGUCCACUUUAUGUUCUACUCACAGAACCACACCGUAACGCAAUCGACCUUUGCCCUCCCCUGCGUCGCAGACUCCUCCAACGUCGGCUCCGGCUUCCAGCCCAACACGGACAACGCGCUCAUGCCGCCGCCAACAUGGGACUACACGGUUGAGACCGCCGACGCUACAUGGUGGUUCUGCGCACAGAGCACGCACUGCGGCAAGGGCAUGGUAUUUGCGAUCAAUCCGACGGCAGAGAAGACGUACGAGGCGUUCAAAAACGCUGCUGUGGCGCAGAACGGUAGUGCAGAGGCGUGGCCGAGUUACCGGCCCACCACUAUGUUGACGUUGACACGGAGUGCGAGCGAGACGAGGUCCGAGGAUCCGGCUAUGUCUACUUCGACGGAGGCAGCCACAGCUACACCGAUAAUGACAAUGACAAUGACCUCCGCUACCUCCGCCGCCGCCGCCGCAACAGAGGCGACGACAACGGUCACUUCCUCUGCCACGGCUACAACUAGCACGACCGUUACCUCUCCCCCCCCCUCCCCCGUGGCUACAACUCCGGCCGAGGAGGCUGCCCCGCCGCCGCCGCUGGCAACCGCCCUCCCGGCCGUCACAGACUCAAAACCCGUACUGGACCUGGGAGACUACCCGACCUCCCUGUUGACCAACGGGCUGGUGAUUCAUAUACCCGCGCCUACUGCCACGGCCUAA